CGAUAGGAAACGAAUCCUCGUGAGAAUCCCAAACCUUUAAUAUCUUUUGGUCUUUGCGCAGACUCCUUAUCAGUGAGGCCAAGUAUCCUGUCAGCCAAUCCGAAACUAGAGGAAACAAUGCAGCUUGAUAUCCAAUUCGACCUAGUAUAUAGUACAAUUACUCAUGACUAACGAUAUCGAAAGACCUCGGGUAUCGCCCGCAUAUAUCGGAGAUAUCUUACUAUAAUAUCUCGGGACCCCACAAUAGAUAAGAUGUCUCCAUUCAGAUGGGACAUGGACAAUGUGGGGUAUUGCUGCGACAUACAAGAUCCAAGGUUCGAUCGAUCCAUUUAGUAAGAUCCGUAUAGUUUACCUUGGUUAUCUUGGUUCUAGGUUUUAGGUUGUUGGACUCAAAAAGAACACCUUAUUUCGACAGCUUUUGUAUAACCGGCUUACAAUUAUCGACGUUUUAUAUCUUCGUUGAGAAAAAUAUAGAUCGAGUUAUUUCACAAGGAUUGUGAGAAAUUAACACGAUGGACUCAACGACACCUCGUGUGGUGGAUAUCCACACUCACAUGUAUCCUCCGGCAUACGUCCAACUCCUGGAAUCCAGAAACAGCAUCCCUCUAAUCCGCAAAUUCGCUGGUGCGGAGGCACCUCGUUUAAUAAUUCUACCCGCCGAGGCGGAAUCGCUAGACAAGAGUACUUCUGAAAACCCGGGGAAACCAUCUUCCCACCUCCCCGGCCGGCCUGUAACAACUCACUAUUCGUCACUAAGCCAGAAGUUACACUUCAUGGACACACAUAAGAUCGAUAUCUCAGUUAUCUCACUCGCAAAUCCCUGGCUUGACUUCAUCGCCCCUGAGGACGCCGGCGAGACGGCUAAAUCCAUCAACCAAGAAUUUUCGAACAUGUGUGGCGAAGCCCCAGGUCGCCUCUUUUUCUUCGCCACACUACCCCUGACUGCACUCCCCGAGACACUUCUCGCAGCUGUAGGAUACGUCCGCAGCCUUAAGUACUGCCGAGGCGUCAUCCUCGGCACGUCAGGUCUCGGAAAGGGGCUCGAUGACCCAGCAUUGGUACCCGUAUUCCGCGCUCUAGCCUCUAAUAAGUUGACUGUGUUUCUGCAUCCUCACUAUGGACUCCCGAGCGAGGUUUGGGGCCCGCGAGCAGCUGAGUACGGACACGUCCUCCCGCUAGCCCUUGGCUUCCCGAUGGAGACGACGAUUGCUGUCGCACGCAUGUAUCUUGCCGGCGUGUUCGACCAAGUACCAGAGCUUCGGAUGGUGCUCGCGCAUAGUGGCGGGACAUUGCCGUUCUUAGCAGGGCGUAUAGAGAGCUGCAUUGUACACGACGGACAUCUUGUAAAAGAAGGGAAGGUAGGGCCAAGCAGAAGGACGAUAUGGCAAGUUUUAAAAGAACAGAUUUUCCUCGACGCGGUCGUGUACUCGGAGGUUGGGCUGAAGGCAGCGAUCGAUGCUAGUGGCGUGGAUAGGUUGAUGUUCGGGACGGAUCACCCGUUCUUCCCGCCGCUAAAUACCGACGAGCAGGGUGAGUGGGAGAGUGUGACGUGGAACGCGGAAUCGGUUCGGAAGGCUUUAGGGGAGGGUAGCGAGGCUGCGCGGGCAGUUAUGGGUGGGAAUGCCGUCGAGAUCUUGAUGUUACACGAGGACGAUUGAAAUAUUCAUAUUUAUGUGAGAAUAUUGGUAUACUCAUGGUGCAACUCAUCGCUCCAACUCCCUUGGUCUCUCACUUACACAGUAAGGAAAUCUUCGAGAUGACAAUUCAUAGUCCUUAUAUAGAAGAGAAUUAACUAAAAAUCAAUACAAUAACAUUCACCAAGCGAGAAA